CCCGGAGGAGCGGGAUGCGGCCGGUCCCCCACCGCCUCCUGGGGCGCCCCGCCCGGGGUGAGCGCUGCUGGCCCGUCCCCAGCCCAGGGGCAGGGGCCGCCCGGGCCGGCCCGGCGCAGGGGCGGGGGGGAUGCCGAGGGGGCGGGAGCCCGGGAAGGGCGGAGGGUCCAGGCGGGCGCCCCCGGCCGCGCUCGGGGCGGGGGCGGGAGCGACGGGGCGGGGCGGGACGUACCAACAGCCCCUCGGGGGAGGACACCGUGGCACCCCCUCCCACCCGCCGCCCGCGAUACCUACGGGAACCCCCCCCGUGCGCGGUGCGCGUCUGCGAGUCCCACACAGCGGGGCAGGGAAGGCGGGGACGAGGCGACUCGCCCCGGGGCGGGGGGGAGGUGGCGGGGGUCGCGGUGGAGGCGCACGGCACACGCCUCCCACCCUCCCUCGGCCCCCCCUCCCUGCGGCGGGUGGUGCGGCCCGCUCUGAGGAGGGCGGGAGCGGCGCGCCCCGCCCCGCUCAGUGACACACGCUCCGUGUGGGGAGGCGUCGCCGGCGCGGGCAGCGGGACCGGGCGGGACCGGCCGGGCGGCGUAGCGGCGGCGACUGCGAGCCGAGCCCGGAGCAUGGCAGGGGCCGGAGCCGCUGCGGAGGCUGCCGCUGGUUUUCCCCCUUCGUCGGCUCCUGCCGCUCGCCGGGAACUUUUCCUAGCGGCUGGUGGCGGUGCCUCCCCCCGGUGGCGGCAGCGGCGGCGGCGGCUGCGCUCGGCGGUGCCUCCCGGGCCGGGGCUGGGGCUGCUGGGGUUGGUUUUCUCUCGCUUCUGCUGCACAGGUGCUAGUGCUGUCCCUGGAGUGCAGUGGCAUGUACAAAAUUUGGAGGCAUUGAAAUGGCAAUCUUCUGCUGAAGGUGCCUUAGCUGGACCAGUUGUUGAUCCACAUGUGACAGCAGUUUGGGGGAAGAAGGUUGCACUGAAAUGCAUAAUUGAUGUAAAUGAAACAAUAACACAAGUUUCUUGGGAGAAGAUAUAUGGUAAAACUUCACAGACUAUUGCUGUUCAUCAUCCUGAAUAUGGAAUAUCUGUUCAAGGAGAAUACCAAGGAAGAGUGACAUUUAAAAACAACUCGCUUACUGAUGCAACAAUCAUUUUAAAAAAUGUAAGCUUUUCUGAUGAAGGAGAAUAUAUUUGCAAAGCAGUUACAUUCCCACUUGGAAAUACACAGUCAUCCACAACUGUAACAGUACUGGUUGAACCUGUUGUGAGCUUAACGAAAGGACCAAACCCUCUGAUAGAUGGUGCAAACUGGACAUUAGCAGCCACUUGUACAGCAGCCACUGGAAAACCUGCUGCACAGAUUGACUGGGAAGGAGACCUUGGUAAAAACGAAACCACCCCUAUUACUCCGUUUCCAAAUGAAACAGUGACAGUUGUAAGCCGGUACGUGAUUAAGCCCACGCGGUUUGCGAGAGGAAGACACAUAACUUGUGUUGUGAGGCACCCUGCUUUGGAAAAGGAGAUCCGGUACCCUUAUGUGUUGGACAUCCAGUAUGCCCCAGAAGUUUCGGUAACUGGCUAUGAUGGAAACUGGUUCAUUGGAAGAGGGAACGUUCAGCUCAAAUGUAAUGCUGAUGCAAAUCCAUUACCUAUGGAAUUUAUGUGGACCAGGUUGGAUGGACAGUGGCCUGAAGGAUUGCUGUCUGUCAACAAUACUCUGCAGUUCAGCAGCCCAUUGACUUAUAACUACACUGGGACUUACAUCUGUAAGGUGACUAAUUCACUUGGUCAGAGGAGUGAUCAGAAGACUGUCUACAUAUUAGAUGUGCCAUUUAAGCAGACAUCUUCUGUUGCUGUAGCAGGGGCUGUGAUUGGGGCAGUCCUUGCUCUUUUUAUCAUUACCAUCUUUGUGACAGUGCUGCUGACCCCGAGGAAAAAAAGGCCAUCCUAUCUUGACAAAGUGAUCGAUCUCCCACCCACUCACAAACCAUCUUCAUGUGAGGAGCGAGCAUUCUCAGCCCCACAGAAAGAAGCUAUGCUUCAGUCAAUCUGAUUUUUUAGAUUUCUGCUUACACUGAAGAAAACUUCCAUCACCUAUUAGUACCUGUAAGAAAUAAAUUGUAAUUGUUUUUAGUGCGAUUUUUGUUCCAUCCUCAGUACAUUGCAUAAAUAACGUAAUUCCAGCCACUGUUGUGCUGAAUUAUAAGACUGAGGUAGUUCAGACAAUCAUUUGUUUAUAACAAAUACCAUUUUUCCAAUACUCUGGUGUAGCUUUGCAGUUGUAAGGACCCAUAGAAGUCUUUUUUGAUAGAAGGAAAAAAUCAUCCCCUACCUUCAAGAAGGAUUUGAUGGCAUUCUUAAUGUUGAAAAUAUUCCUGCAGAUUUUCUUUGUGUGAUUGAUGGUUACUAAAGCUCACAAAUAUCAGUUGCUGAUAAAAGACUUCCUCUUUCUCAUGAAAGGAAUGCAUGAAAUCAAUACCAUGUGUUGCAAAUAUUACAGUGGGUAAUACUUAUGUAUAUUAUUGCUGAGUGAAGCAAGAAACUCUUCUAAGGUCCAUUGCUACUUUUAGUAGCAGCCCAAUGAUUAUAACAUUAUGAAGGUAGAAAACAUUUUGUUGCCAUAAAGUGUCAUAGGUUUUUGUCGUCUUGCUUAGAAGGUGGUACAACACCUAAGAUGACACAAGAGAACCAGUGCUUUUCUGUGCUCAGGUUGGGCAUCUUGUGCUAACUAUGUAGUAGCUAUUUCUUCUGUCACUGCAGUAUGCAACAAAUGCAAUUUUUGAUGAAUCGUGCCUCUGCUAAUACAAUCCUAUGCUUUAAGUAUUUGUAAAAGAUUGUCUUAUAGAAUGAAAAGAUAUGGACUGUUGUGUUAUUUGUGCAUCAGUAGUGCUGCUAGAUGGGAAAAUGACAACAAAAUGCAAUUAUUUAUCCUUCACAGAGCUACUCAUAAAGUCUGUACUUUAUUGUUUUCCUCUUUGGAACUCUGCAGCCUUUGAAUUCUUUCUUGGUUGUGCUUACUGUAGCUUCUGUAAGUGAAUACUUAAAAACUAAGAAAUAGUAAAAUGUUUUAUGUAACUGUAUUUUGUAAAUAGAGGAAAAAAAUCCUAAACAGACUGAAUUGAAUAUUCAUUUUCCUCAAGCUAUAAAUAAAUACAGUUUUAAGUUGUUUUGGGAGAGGAAGAAGAAAGAUCUAGUUCUUCAGGCCAGAUGUUAACUAUGCUUUAUUUAAAAAUAAUGGAUGUUGGCAUAACAUUGUUAGUGUACCUUUCUUUCUCUCUCUGUGGAACUCCAAAACUGAAAAGAACUGGAGCUGAAGAUUGGGUCUUCCCAGCUGAUACUACCUAUGAUCACAUGUACUCUGUUAGCUUGAAGCAAAAGCUUCUGCUUUAUCUAACAGAAAUGAAUGUUAAAAUACUGGCUUUAGCUAAGAAGUGAUUGGUUGCCUUGUUUUGGUGUACCAAGCCAACACUUGGAUAGCUGUAAAGAGGUACAAGAAACAAAUUAAUUAGCAGCCUGUCUUGUCCUGUGUGAUUGAAUGUAUGUACUAACCACAGAACUCAUGUUCCAAAUGCUGCUGAAACUGUGUUAUCUACCAUAUAUGAGAAGCAUUCUGGUGAACCUCUCACUGGGGAGUUCAGGUGUAAGCUUCUGGUUACACUGAAAACAUCUGUAGGGAGGGUGUCACUGCGUUGUCGGCAGCAAUAGAUGAUGGGUUCAGUCUGAGUAGAAAUAAUAGGCUGCACAAAGGUGCAAAAGUACUGUGAAACUGAGUACUCAUAGUUUCUCUGGUAUUUGCAAGUACCAAUUCAUAUGUUCGUGUGAAUCACUUCAGAACUAAGAAGAACUGGUUCACUGAGGCUAUAAAAGAGUGAGGCAAAAGUCCAAAACAGAGGAAUAUUAAGUAGAACACAGAAAAAAUAGCAUUAUAGUUUAAUUUACUGUGAAGACUGUUGGUUCAUCUUUUAUCACCUCUUUUAGCAACAAAGCUACUGCUUUUGUCUGGGUGUUCUUUUAAUAAUCAUUGUCAUGGAAAUGCCACUCUGUUACUCAGAACCAUUUAUUGCAUGUAAUGUGAAAGAGUAGUGAGCAGCCUGAAGGUUACGUCCUUAGUGAGAGAGGAAUCUCUGCUUGGCAACCGAAUUUUUGAGGCAAAUCAAGAAGUUGAGCAAUGGAAGAAUUCCAGUGGCUUAAAGAGGAUUUUUUUCUGUUGCGUAAUAUUUAAAAAAGCAGUGGGAGAGAGUGUACUAAUUCAGGCAGUCCUUGGAAUCAUUAGAUUCACUGUUUCAAAGGAUAUAUUGCUAAGAAGCAAAACUUCUUUGCUUGCCUUGAAACGUGACUGAGAUGGGUAGUCUUUGACAAUGGGAAAGAACUGAAGCUAUUACUAGCUUGACAGGUGCUUCUGAAGGAAAAAGGAAAAAAACAUUGUUUUGCAUAAUACAAUGCAACAUUCAGAGUUCUUGAAGGAUUCAGAAUUUAACAGGGCUCUUCUGUAGCAACAGAAAAUAAGAGUGGAUGAAGGGAAGUACAGCCCAGUAGGUAGUGCUGGCCAUGAGAAGACUGAUUUUAGACUUGCAGCUCGGAAGUAUGCCUCACUUAUUUAACCACACAAACAAGUCAAAUGCUAAAGCUCUUUAACAGUAGUAUUUCUGUUCCUAUUCAAAACAGGAAAGAAAAUGGUGAAAUUGUCUUAGCAUAGUUAAAAGCAUAUAACACCAUUUACCAAAUGACAAUAUUUCUGAAUCAGAUUGGAAAACAUCAUCCGCAGUACUCUUAAACCUAGCAUAAUAUUGAUUCAUUUAUAGGUUGUGGUUCCCUUUCACUCUUCUAGUUCUUUUCCUAAUGCUCUUCAUGCAGAUGAAAAUACCUCUUCCUUGAUGAAAACAGAAACAAGAUGGAAUUGUUGGUGAGGUAAUUGGUUUAGGGUUUUGAAGGACUGUUUGAGAAGGAGCAUGCUUAGAGUAAAACAGUGUUUUUAUGAAACUCUGCAAAAUGUAAAGGUAAGGCAAUGCAAACUACUGUUAAGUAUCAGCACAGAACCCCAGAUACACUAUCUCUCCCUACAUAGAAAGAGUGUAGCUCAACACCAGUUUUAUUUGACAGAACCUGAUGAUUUUGGUUUUAUCACUUGCUUCAUGGCUGUAAAAUGUGCAACUUUAUUCUCUAGCAAAGGUGUUGUCUUUUCAUGCCAUGUGAGAUGAUUUCCUUUGUCUCUAGUUUUAAUUGAAUAAAUGAACUAACUGGAAUUUGCUCUUCUGCUUUCCAGUGUUUGUCUUAAUCAUGUCUAAGUCCACUGUUGGUAGAAUGUCUCGAGCAGGAAGAUUUUUUUUCUCACAGAACAUUAGCCUUUGGUGAAGAUGGGGGUGGUUCUUGUUCCCCAUGUGUGUUUUGCCUUCUUGUGUGGUAAAUUCAUGCUCUUAGCUCAGAUAUGAAAGACCAGUAAGAGGAUUUACCAAUCCUGUUAAGUGGUAAAUCACAUAUUCUCAGAAUUGGUCUGCAGAUUGCAUUUCAAGACUUGAGAAGCAAAAGCAGCGUGACUUUGAAAUGGAAUUACAAGACAAGAAGUUUGACAAACAAAAUUUGGAAUAAUAAACCUGUGAAGAUGGUGAAAAAUAACUUUUGGAGAAGUGGAGAAGAUAGAAAAUAUUAGAUGAUUUUUAAAGUAAUUUUACAAUGCAUUUUGGGGGUCAUAUUAAAAGUUAAAUAACUCAAAGCUGCUUCAAAACUUGAACUAAACAAAUGUGGAAAGGUAGAAGGCUAUGGGAAAGGAGGAGAAAAGAAGGAGAAACAUUACUGAGAUUGGGUUCUUUUCAAAAUAAUUUUUUCAGGUGAGAGCCCCUGCAAAUAUUACCUACCUGUAUGAAUACUUGUUGCAUAGGGAUUCUGCCAUAAGACCAGCAACUUAGCUACUUUGUGUUGUUGCUACCACUGUGGGACUGUUGGGAAAAGAAGGAAUUACAAAACAAAAAUUAUAAAAUUGUGCAAAAGUUGUCACUUGAUCCUGUUGUGCCCCUUUACUAACUGUGGCAUAAGGGGAAGAACUUAAUUAGGAGUGAUGAUACCGUAGUAUAAAAUGUAUCCUAAAUCAUAAUUCUCAGUUAACAUUGCUUGUUGUGAUUAAGAUUGGCCAGUUUCUCAGACAGUUGGUGAUUAUCUGGAUAUUUGGAAAUAAGCCAUUUCACUCAUAAAGUUGCUCCUUCAUAAUGGUGAAAAAAAAAAUGAAAGAAGGGAGAUUUUGAGUCAUCUGCAUUAAGGAACUUCUCAUCCACCAGUAUCCCCAAGUCCUCCUCAGGGCUGCUCUCAAUCCAUUCUCCACCCAGCCCGUAUUUGUGCUCAGGUGCAGGACCUUGCACUUGGCCUUGUUGAACUUAAUGAGGUUCGAGCAGUCCCACCUCUCAAACCUGCCAAGGUCCCUCUGGAUGGCAUCUCUUUCCCCCAGUAUGUCAACCACACCACACAGCUUGAUGCCAUCAGCAAACUUGGUGAGGCUGCACUCAAUCCCAGUGUCCAUGUUGCCAGCAAAGAUGUUAAACUGCGCCAGACCUGAUGUCAAGCGCUGGGGAAAGACACUUAUCACUGGUUCCCACUUGGACAUUGAGCCCUUAACCACAAUUCUUUGAGUGUGACCAUCCAGCCAAUUUUUUAUCCACCACAUGGUCCAUCCAUCACAUCCAUGGCUCUCCGGUUUAGAGACAGGGAUGUCACGCAAGACGGCAUCAAAUGCUUUGCACGUGUCCAGGUAGAUGACAUCAGUUGCUCUUCCUUCAUCCACCAACACUAUAACCCUGUCAGAGACAGCCACCAAAUUUGUCAGGCACAGUGUGCCCUUCGUGAAGCCAUGUUGGCUGUUGCCAAUCACCUCCUUAUUUUCCACGUGCCUUAGCAUAGUUUCCAGGAGAAUCUGCUCCUUCGUCUUACUGGGCACUGAAGUGUGACUGACUGGCCUGUAGUUCCCCAGAUCAUCUUUGUUUCCCUUUUUAAAAAUUGAGGGUUUAUUUCCUCUUUCCAAGUCAGUGGAACUUCACUGGACUGCCAUGACUUCUCGAAUAUCAUGGAUAAUGGUUUAGUCACUUCCUGCACCAGUUUCCUCAGAACCUGCAGAUGUAUCUCAUCAGAUCCCAUGAACUUGUGCACCUCCAGAUUCCUUACGUGGUCUUGAACCUCAUCUCCUACAGUGGGUGGUUUGGCUGGGGAGGAGUUGAUUUUCUUUGCAGUAGCUGGUUUGGGGCUGUUUUGGAUUUGUGGAAAUAACGGUGUUGGUGAGUCAGGGAUGUUUGUUGCUGCUGAGCAGUGCUCACACACCAUCAGGGGCUUUUUUGCUUCUUGUACUGCUCUACCAGCGAGUGGAUUGGGGGUGUGCACAGGAGGUUGGGAGGGGGACAAGAAAUUGGGAGAGGAGACACAGGUGGAACAGGUGACCCUGACUGACCCUGAUCUUCUUUUCCACCAGCCACUGGUUUAUAAAAAGGAUUCUAAAUGGUUGUCAGUUAAGACACUUCCCAAGGCAGAUUGUAUUUUGUGUUGACUAGUAUUUUUGUAUAAACCAAACCUCUUCUGCAGUGUUGAAUCUUGACUUGUUUCCACUGUAACUUUUCUUC